AUAUCCCGUCACAUCAUUACUGUAUUCCGCCGCCCUUAAACUCGCUUUAAAAGAACGCACGCGGAUGUCUUUGUGUAGACAGAACUAUCAUGAAGAGUGUGAAGCUGGUGUUAAUAAGCAAAUUAACAUGGAGCUGUACGCAAGCUAUGUUUAUAUGACUAUGGCUUUUCAUUUUAAUCGUGAUGAUGUUGCGCUGAACGGUUUUUAUAAAUUUUUCUUAAACGAGUCGGAAGAGGAGCGACAACAUGCUAUUAAGUUAAUGACUUAUCAAAACAUGCGGGGUGGUCGGAUUGUGUUACAAGAUAUAUCGGCACCUCCUCAACUUUCAUGGAAUUCGGGACUUCAUGCUAUGCAGGAUGCUCUUGAUUUAGAAAAGAAGGUCAAUCAGAGUCUGAUGGAUUUACUGGCUGUUGGUGAAAGACACAGAGAUACGCACUUUUGCGAAUUUAUUGGUAAUGAAUAUUUGGAGACUCAGGUACAGUCUAUUAAAAAGCUUUCCGAUUACAUUACUAAUCUCAAUCGUGUGGGUACUGGUCUUGGAGAAUACACAUUCGACAAAGAAACUCUACAUGGCGAGAGUCAAUAAUUUUUUGUACCAGCAAAUUGUUGUAAACUGUUUUCGACCUACAAUCGAUUAUAUUUUGUAUAAUUUAAUGAUAUUUACUGAUUAAUUUAUGUAUUCUG